GCUCCGUUGAAAACCGGGGCUCCUCCUCCUCCUAGGUCGGGCUCUUAUAUAAUAAAAGGAUACGAAAUGUUUUGCCAUCGCUGCUAUAUACAAACUUGCAAAUACAUAAUCCACAUCAUAUUGCCUUUUUACUCAUCUACAAUGUGGAAUGCACUUCUUCUGCUCGGCGCGACUAUCCAGUUUGCGUUGGCCCAGGAGGGUGCUUUCAGCUGUGCCAAGUUCUGGCCAGGUGUCAAACCUGGAGAUAGCUUCACCGUCGGCGGCCAAUGUCGAAUGCUAGAGGGUUACCCAAAGACCAUUGGAAACACAAAAGUCAGCGUCAUCUACACCGAGGACUGGAGCACCAGUGCCAAGCUCGUCGAUUCCCUGCUGCACGAAGCCAUCACCGAGAGUGUCGCCUACUAUGGGAACUUCGCAACGGUCCCGGACCUCGUCAUCAUCCUCGGGGCUGCUCCGAACCCCAAAGCUUCUCUCGAUGCGUCGUUUCCCAUACCAAACGGCCCCUGCCAGAUCAGGAGCUUUGAGUUUUGGGGCGCGGAACAGGCUCUCAAGAUGGAUCCGAAGGCCAUGCAGGGCGUUGCCCACGAGAUCUACCACUGCGUGCAGCAAGAGUUCAACGGAGGGCAGACCCCUCCUGUAGGCCCGUCACGGUGGGUGGUGGAGUCGUCGGCCGACUAUUUUAGCAACCUCGUGUUCCCUCGAGUAAAUGACGAGUGGAGCCGUGCCGUACAUUACGACCCAGGGGUCCCCAUCUGGAGGAAUGAGUACAACGCCAACAUAUGGUUCCAGUCUCUCGAACCCUCGCACGACUUGACCUACAUCCACCAGUUUGUCACGUCAACUGUUUUUACAAACAGUGAAAACGAAGAGCGGGCCCGCCUCGCCGCUUAUGCCACAUUUGCAGACGACUUUUUCGAAUUUGCCAAAUCCUUCACCAUUGGUUCUAUCGUAGAUUCAGGCGGUGGAGAUGUCCCGAGAAUUAACACUCCUGACGAUAUUGGUAUCAUAUGGUCUGUCGACGAGGAUGCCACCGAGGGAACUGCCGUCUUGGAAACCUCCCCGUUUACCAUAAGGGAGUUUUCAACGUCCUUCGAUCCAGGCCAGAAUAUCAAGCUCUAUGCGUCCACCACAGGGAACCAGCGACUGGCAUGGAGGCUUGUAGAUCCAAACACUUGGAAUGCAUUCCCUAGCGAUGCAUCAGGCGGUGGAUCAGAAGGUGUCAUCACUAUUCCUUGUGCCUCGGGCCCAGUAGCGGUUUUUAUACUCUUCACCUCGACCGAGGACAAAGACACAGACAAGGUUGAGAUCAGCUUCGUCCAGGAAUACGAAGACAAGGAAUGCUGCAAGAGGCGCUCUGGAAAAGGGGCCGGUAAGAAAGAGUGCUCAACAACCACUGUCAAGCGUCCUCGCCCGACUCGACGUCCUCGUCCAGCGUCGACAGCCAAAGGCUCUUGCAAGGGCUCGAAGAUUCCGAUGGACUCAUGUUUGAAAAAGUCUUGGAGUCUUGAUAUCCCAACGACUCGGAAAUUUAUGGAGGACAUUCUAACAGCCAUCCCACACGUUACCGUCAAGGAUGUGCGGGUCAGCGGAACCGCCAAACUCGAGUUCCACGGCAAACAGGCCACGUUUACGUAUGAUGGCUUCACCGUCGCGUAUGUUCAGACGCUGCUGGACAGGGACACACCGGUCAGCGUUGUGGUCAACGGGAAAGCGACUGGUGUCGUCUCCACGGCUUCAGGAGGAGACGGUUCUGGGACAUUAUGCCUUUCCUUCACCAAGGGGUCGGGGACUGCCGAGGCCAAGGUGCCGUCACUGGGCGUCGACACCAAAUUUGAUCUUGCACCUGGCGGAGGUUAUUUCUCCAACGGCAAGGCCACGUAUACCUGUCAAGGUGACAAAAUGACACUCAAGCCUAUUGGGUCUCCGAAGACCAAGAAUGGUGUACCCAGCUGGGGCCCUUACUCGUACAAUGCGAAAUGACAGGGGGAUACUUGAUUCGUGAGUUAUGUGCUUAUCUUGGGCCGAGGCUGGAUAGGGUUGGUUGAGUUGUAGGAGGCUGUAAGUGUCUCUCGGUUCACGAACGGAGUCCGCAAAUAGCCCGCAUUAUCCAUAGCGCCCCAGAGCUACGACUCUUGUGGCCGGAACUCCUAAUAUAGGGCAGCGGCCGGCUUACCAUAAUGGGCAUAAUUCUUGGACUGACUCAUUCCGCUCUUAACGCGACAAGACUCUGGACGUAUCGCGCCCUAAACCGCUUCUACAGCCAGCAGCUGGGGAGCGUCCUACAGCCAACUAUAG